AGAAAAUAUUUAAAAACUUAGCUAGCAGAAAAAGACCAUUUGAAAUGUAAAUGUCAUUAAAAAUAUUGUUGCAUACAAACAUUAUAUUUUUCGUAAUAGUACGAUUUAAACAGUAUAUCUGCAUUCUAUUUACGCUUUAAAUUUUAAAUUUUAAAAUAUCGUCUUAGAAUCAACAAUUGUUUUGGAUACACUGUUCGUUUUUUAUAUUAGGCGCUUGUUUUUUAAUCUUUUAUUUUUACCGCAAAUUUGUAAAAGAAAACUACUGUUAAUAGUGUUAUGAGUUCUUUGAGAAAUAGGAAUGAGGGUUAAAGUAAUUGUUAAAUCUCAAUAAGUUUCAUCAUGGACGAGCGUUGGCAAACAUUUUUUGACAAAUUUCCAGAGACAGUGACUAGUGAACAAUUACCUGUUAAGUUACCUAGAUUUGACUUAGACUUAUGUGAUUUAGCUGGAGCAGCAGCCGACUGGUGUCAUCAGUAUUUGAAAGACAGAAAAUGUCCAAGUGACCUCCUUGUAUUUUUGACUCAAAAAAUCAUAAACAAUCUUAGAGUCCAGUGGGCAGCUGAACCAAAAUUAUUUGGAUACCGACCUGAAAAAGAGGAUUAUCAAGCAUUAUGGUUAAUGCAGAAAGUUAUUGGAGAAUUAAAUAAUGUUUGUUUAAAUCAUGCUACUGUUAUUCCAUACCAUCAACCUAUAUCAACUCCAGUCUGGUGGUCAUCAUUUGUGUUAAAAAAUGUCAGAAGACAAAUGGAAGAUUAUAUUACAGUUGUUCCUUAUUUGCAUACAUUAUUUGAUGUUAAAGAUUUUGGUGAAGCUUCUUUUUAUGCAGUUUAUGAUGGACAUAAUGGUUUAGAUGCCGCUGUUUAUAGUUCAAUGUAUUUACAUCAAUUUUUAGUACAGUCAACUCAGUAUCCAACUAAUCCAGAAUACGCACUGUAUGAAGCAUUUUUUGCUACAGACAGAGGAUUUACUCAAAAAACAGAAAAAUAUAAUUUAGUUAGUGGUACAACCGCUGUGUGUGCAUUAUAUAGGCAACAAGAGAAGAAACUGUAUGUGGCAUGGGUCGGUGAUUCAAUUGCUACACUGUGGAAAAAUGGAACGCCUUUAUGUUUAGUGAACAAACACGUUCCCGAAAGAUAUGAUGAAAGUCAAAGAAUAGAAAAUGAAGGAGGAAUAAUAUCGAAAUGUCAAGGUAUUUGGCGUGUAGAUGGUCAGUUGGCAGUAUCUAGAGCUAUAGGCGAUGUUAAAUACAAACCACAUAUUACAUGUAAACCAGAGAUGAGAUCAUUAGUUUUAGAUGGAAAUGAAGAAUUUCUAGUACUGAGUAGUGAUGGUUUUUGGGAGUAUAUGACACCUGAAGAAAUAGCAGAGACUAUUUACGACGAGUUGCUUGACACUGACGGUGACAUAUCUGAAGUUUGCAAUAAGCUUGUUUUCAGAUCUAAGGCACAAGGAUCUAAGGAUAAUAUAUCAGUGAUAACAGUAUUUCUGCAGGAUCCCAAGCAGUUAGUAGCCAAAAGAAGGGCUGCUAUAAUGGAAACAGCUAUGGAACCAAGAAACGCAACUGAAACGCUCGCGUCUUACGGUCAAGAUGCCGGGGAUUUUGGCCCCGAAACUGAUGUAGACACACCCGACGAGCCGAUCGGUUUGACCAAACCUAAAGUAGAAGGAGAAGCCAGCGUCAUUGACGAAAGUGGAGAAGAAUCCGAAGAAGACGGUGGUGGAUGGAAUUAUUACAAAAAACCAACUGAAGACACGGACAAAAAGACGUACCAAGAGGACGUCAACGGCACGAGCAAUAAUUCUGACGCCGAGGAUAUGGAUUACAAACUUAAUCCAGACGCCCCAGAGUUUGUGCCAGUAUCAUCACCACCACCAACUACAAUGAACCAUGCUCAACGUCUCCUUAACACGGAUAAUGAUGAUUUUAUUUCAUCAUCACCACAAAAGUUUAAAGAUUUAGACAAUGUAGUUGUGCCUGAUGAAAAUGACUUCACCAAUGAAAUUAAAGUGCACGCAGCAGACUUGUCUAAGCUCAACAAUCCUUAUGAGCCCAACGAUGAUUCAACCAUGCUGAAUGGUAUUAAACCUUUAAAUGAUGAAGAAGUGACUAAUCACGGUGCUACGGAUGAUAAUUUCAUUCUACAAAAUGAAUACAUUACUAAUGGAAAUUUAGAUGAAUAUCAAAAUCCAUUUGUUUCAGACGAUAAAGUUGACUUAAACAAAGUUCAAGAUUUGUCUGAAUACCAAAAUGAUGAUGCUCAAACUCACAUUACGGAUCCAUUUGUAUCAGUAAUGGAAUCGUCCAAAAAUAAUGAAUUAAAUUUGACAAGUGGUGAUAAUGAAUCACAAAAUGAAUCAGAUGUUGAAUUAAAUAGUGAUUUCUCAAUUGUAAAACAAGAAGAGGAUAUGAAUUCACAAAAUGUUGAUGAUACAAUUAAUACUACUAAUGCAACAGCUGGUUCAACUUUACAAUUUGAUGAAGAAUCUUUUAAACAUAAUGAUGAUUUUAAAAACGACUUUUUGGAUAGUAGUCAAAUGGAUAAAUUUUCGCAGUAUGAAGAUCGCAAGUUGAAUGACAGUGAAAGCACAACAGAUGCAAUUUUGGGUUCAGAACCUCAUACUCCAAUGCGUAUGGAUAAUCAAUCAACAUUUGAGUCUGAAAAUGAUGACGAUCAAUUUUCCGAAGCCUUCAAACAACAGACACAAUUUAAUCAAUUUGAUGAAAAUAAUGACAAGGAAAAUCAUGAUCCUUUCUGUUUUGAACAAACUGAAGAUCCAGCUGGAAUAAUACCUAAUGUUACUCAUGUAGUGAACAAUGAAGUUGAUGAAAUGCAUCAUAAUAUUGACAAUAUUAUACCUAAUGAACAUCAGGUAUCCGAAUUAUUAAAACACGAACCUGUAGAAGAACCUUUAUGUAUAAAAGAGGAAGCUAAACCUUUCCAUUCUGUGUAUGAACAACAGUAUUUGCCGGAAUCCGAUUUCUCAGCAAGCAUUCAUGAAGCUUUGUUAAACGCAACUGAAAAUGAAACAAGCAAUCACGAGGUUGAUGAUAAUAAUAUUGAUAGUUUUGAACCACACGCUAUUGUUGACAGUCAUGUAGAAAUAAAAAAUGAGUACCUAGAACAUCAAAAAGUUAGUGAAAAUCCUUGUCCUGAAGUAGUUCCAGUUCAUAUAGAUGAUGUUAAGAAUCAUGCACAAGAUCUCGAACAAGAAUUUAAACAUGGUAAUACUUAUAAUUUUGAAUAUGAAAAUCACAGUGUAAAUUCUGUACAAAAUGAAAAUAUAGAGCCAGAACAUUAUCAUGUAAAUGAUAAUUACAAACUUGUUGAAGAUGUCAAACAUGAAAAUUUUAUUCAAGACCAUGCUGAAGAUUUAGAAAUUAUAAAAAAUACUGAACAUGCUGAUGUUUCUAAAACAAUACAAGAAAACAUUGAAGUUCAAAAAGAGAAUCAAUAUGAUGUUUCAGCUAUUCAAGACUCGGAAAAUGUUGAACAAAAAUAUAAUAAUGUUGCUGAUAUACUCAGUUAUGAUACAGAAGACCCUAAACAAGGAGAUCAGCUCAUUGCUGAAUCUGUUAAAAAUUGCAUGGAAGAUGUCAGCAAAACUGAACAAAUUCCUAUUGAAGAUUUCGAACAAAAAUAUUUUAAUAAUGUAUCUGAAGUGCAGCUAAAUCAAGUUGACAAUAUCAAUCAAAGCCUACACAAUGAAGAAUUUGAGAACAGUAAUGUUGAAGGUUUUAAACAAGAACAUAACAAUGUUGAUUUAUUUGAAAACAAUUAUGCUCAGGAUAUUAAGCAACAUCAAAGUGUUUCAGAAGUUGAAAAUUUCAAACAAGAUCAAGAAAUUGCUGAUGAAUUUUUAAUGAAGCACCACGAAGAUUUGCAACAGGAAAAUCACGGUAAUGAAUCCAUUCAAAAUCACAUAACAGAUAGCGAUGAAGAAAUGCAUUCAUCAAUGAUAAUUCAUUCUGAUGUGGAAAACAAUAUGCCACAACCAUAUUGUUCGGCAUCUGAUACAUUAAUAAAUGAAUCCAAUAUGAUGUGUACUAGCAUGACAUUUGAAGAGAAUUUUCAGAACAGAAAUAUGAGCGAUUCAUUGUACGUGAUGGAAACGAGUGCAGAUUAUUUUGGUGAAGAAGUUCAGCAAACCACACAACUUGACAAACCUAUUGAUAAGCCCACAGUUGAAGAACCAUCAAAUAUUGAUGAUAAACUAGUAGAACAAGUACAAAAUAAAAAUGAUAUUGUUACUGAAUCAAACUUUGACGUGGUAAGUGAGCCAAAGAUAGAAAACAAUGCAGAAACAACUGAACUGAUUCCAAAUUCCCAGGAUUGCGUAGAAAAUGUUGAUAAUCAAGAUGAUAAUAACAAGAUUGCCAAAAUCGCAGUUGCAGCAGCUGUUGGUACUGCUGCUAUUGCAGCCGUCACUGGUGUCAACUUAGCUUCCAAGAAAUCUGCGCCUAAAAAGAUGGAGACAACUGUUUCUAAAGUUAAGACAACAACACCAAAAACCGCUUCAACAAAACCACUGGCCUCAAAAACAUUAGCUCCCACCCUUAAGAAAACUACUUCAUCUACAACAGCAUCAAAACCAUUGUCAAGACCAAGUACUGCUACUUCUACUUCUAAGCCAACAACUAAUGUUCGACCAACAACUGCUCCAAAAACUACGUUUUUAAAAGCAACAGCUGUUACUAAAGCUGCUCCAAAGCCAACCCCCAAAACAUCAAUUCCUGCAUCCCGACCAAUAUCAGCAAAAACAACACCCACUACACCACGAACAACUUUAACCAAAACAACACCAUUAUCAUCACCUAGAACUCCUACAACUCCCAAAACAACUACAACAGCUUCAAAGUCAAUAGGUACAUCACCAAAAACAAAUAUCACACCACGAAUGUCCUUGGUUAACAAGCAACCACUUACUAAUGGUUCACCUAAACCUUUAAGCCGUCCAAUGUCUGCUCCAAUAAAAAAACCAUUAACUAGCGUAUCAACAAAUGGAACUACAAAAUUAACCAAUGGUGACGUAUCAAAAACAUCCACUACAUCAAAGCCACCUGUUACUUUAGCAUCAAGAAUGAGUUUAGCGCCUCCAAAGUUGCCUCCAAAAGCAAAAGUUGCACCCAAAACUGUAGCACCACCUGCAAUGCCAGGGCCAAUCAGAAGACCUAAAGCUCCCAUCACAAAAAAGACUGAGACGGCCACUUCCUAGAUUUGAUUUAUUAUCAUAUUAAAAAAAAAAAAGAAAAAAA